CAGAGCAGCCGGAGAGUACCGGUCACCUCCGGACCGUGAGCGUCAGGCCCGGCCCAGCCGCAGUGGCCUCGGGGAGAGUCCCAGCCCCGCCUGCAUCCUGGGAAGGAGCCAACACCGCCCUGCUGCCACCAGGGACCGGGAGAGCAAGGUUUUCCUCAGGCAUCAGGAAUGUCUUCUGAACCCGCUUCAUCUGCCUCCCAGCAGUCUCCCACCUCUCCACCCUCACCCAGUUCUCUCCAUCUGCCUGAAAACCACAGGGGGAGAGAUCGCUCCCCAUCACCCAUGAGAGGGUACCUCAUCCCCAGUCCUCUGCCCACCCGACGGACCAGGACAUUUUCAGCAACUGUGAGAGCAUCAGAGGGUCCCAUCUACAAAGGAGUCUGCAAAUGCUUCUGUCGCUCCAAAGGCCAUGGCUUCAUUACCCCUGCAGAUGGAGGGCCUGACAUCUUCGUACACAUCUCUGAUAUCGAAGGCGAGUACGUUCCUGUGGCAGGCGACGAGGUCACCUACAAGAUGUGCACCAUCCCUCCAAAGAAUGAGAAGCUUCAGGCAGUGGAGGUGGUGAUCACCCACCUGGCUCCUGGAACCAAGCACGAGACCUGGUCAGGGCACGUUGUCAGCUCCUGAGGUGUUCUGGAGGGAGCAGAGCCACUGCCUGCAUGGCCAUUGCUGCAGGGGACCUGUCCUAAGAAUAUUCUAUCUGUUGUGCAGGAGGAAAUACUGCACUCUUCAUAAAGCAGAAGCAGGCCAAAAUCACAGUUUUUAUAGCUGGCCUGGAAAAAAAAAGAAUUCAAAUACUAAUGAUAAAAAUCUAGCGUAAUGUGUUUACAAAAAAAGGUAUUUUGAAGAGACCUAUUUUGUGUGCUUGGUGGAGGGGGGGAGGUUUGGUUUUUCUUUUAUCAUAUGAACUAAUCCCAGUAAAUGCCCAGGGGAAUCAAGGAGAGGUUUGAAGAAGAGCUUUUCUAGUGCAGACAGCCUUAGCAGAGGCACUACUCUGAGGCUCUAGAAGUGCCUGAGCACUGUGUUCCCUUGAGAUGCCCUUCUGUAGGGGCUGGAGUUACACUUACAGCUGGUAGCAGUGCCUGGAUGCCUUGGCUUGAGAAAGAGAGAGAGAGAUGUUCAUUGCUGCAGUUCUUUUCCUCAUGGAAGGAAGUUCACAAACACAGCAGCUUCUGCCAGGUGGAAAAUCUCCAUCUGGAGGUUACACUCCGAUGGGCAAGGCUGGGUGCCCUUCAAAUGCACCAUUUGCAAAUGCUUAUGUGUGGAAUAUUGUGGUUUUAAAUAAGCCUUGCUUGUGAAUUUACUUACGUGCCUUGUUGGUUGAUCAGCAACAUAGUUUAUAGGCCAGUAUUAAAAAAAACAACCCUGACCAAACAAAAAAUCAAACCAAAAUUUUAAAAAAUUGCUUCAAGGUAAGUGGUAGAAAGCUGUAGAGUAGCAGAUACUUCAUAGCCUCUGAAUUUAGACAAAGCUGAAGAUCACCUUCAUCAUUGCAUAUAGCUGAAUGUCUGCCACAGUAUUUCACUGGGCAGGCAGAAUUGCUGUACUUCUGAAAAGCAAGUUCCAUGCUGUUCGGGUGACUGUGUAUGAAAUACUGCAUGAGUUACUUAAUAGGCUCAGCUGUCUCUGUGAAGUAGAUUCUGCAGCUCUUUCCCCAGAAAACUUGCUUGGUAGGAUGUGAUAUGGUCACCCUUGCCCCAACUCCUCUGCCUGCAAGAUUCCAUGUAGUGUAACUAAAUUAGUUCUGUUACUACUUCCACAUUUUUUCAAAUGAAGCAUUUUUCUCUGUUAUGUUCCUAACAGUGGAUUUUUAUUGACUUUGCAAAUAAAAAAAUUUUAAAAAAAAACAAACCAAAAAACCCUGAUAUGAUACUCUGCUGUUAGUUGUGAGACAGUAAAACUUCAGUUGCCUAUUGGCAGUUUUAUCAAUAUGUGCUGGCUGUUCUGGAACAUCUUAGACUUUUUCCCAGCAAAUGAUCUGUUCUGAGGUCUGCUCAGUGGAGAGCAGAUACAAGGUCAGUAACCAUUGCCAUGGCUUGUUUUACCUUAGUUGUACCUGUAUUACACUACAGUGCAUGGUAAUGACCAGUCUAGAGUUCUGGGAUUUUAUUUUUUAUUAAUCAUGAGACUUGGUUGUGAUGGGUUUAACACUAUCCAGCUUGUUGGGGUGUGACACACUGCUUCCUUCACAAUAAAUGUGACCAUCAUCCUGC